AUGACGCCUUCCCAAUUUGAUAUCUUGCUCCAAAGGCUUAUAGCGAUGGAAACACCAAAGGUGGUUGUCUUCUUGGUCAUCUUGGUUUGGCACCUGGAUAUCCCAAAGCCUCCUCAAGAAUAUCAGUUUCUAGAGUUUUAUGCGAGAGUAGGGCGAAUCGCGACCUUGGCCAAAUGGUGUGGCUUCGCCACUGCUGCUGUUGAUAUUCGGUAUGGUGCACACCGUCAAAGGGAGGGUAAACGGCGACCAAUGGAUAUCAACGGCAACGCUGGCCUCGUGCUUUGCAUUCAUCUACUUUUGACUUCACAGUGGGAGCAACUCGUGGCCUUCUUUGCAAUCGUUUGUUCGUCCUAUGUGCCAGUAAACAGGCACAGCACAGGGAGACCACUGUUGACUCCUCUGGGAAAUGAACAUUUUAUAGGAGUGAGGCGAUCCAACAAGAUGACCUCGAGGACUGUGAUAUUGAUAUGGAUCACUAUUCUCUCAGGAGGAACGUAUCUCAUGGAAAACCCUCAUGGGAGUUUUCUCGCCUUUCAUCCUCGGUACGUAUGGAUGCUUAAAAAGCUCGAGGCUGUUGGUAUUCUGACUUACAAAACCGCCUUUUGGAUGCGGAAAUAUGGCUCAAUCUCUUGGAAAAGAACAUGGGUGUGGGCAAACAGUCGCCGCAUUGGAUCCCUAGACUUGGGGCCGUUGACGGAGGAAGAAAAGGAAGGUUGUGAGGAAACAACUAUCCGUUAUGAGGAUGCCCAAGGCAAGAUCCGUUGGAAAGGUAAUUCCAACCUCAAGCUGACACAGCAAUACACCUUCAAAUUUGCUGGCACCGUGACCCGAUUGCUGCCAAAGAUCCGCGAGGACACCAGGUCUCAGAAGUUUCCUGCCAAG